GCCGCGCCAGAGGGAGACAGCCACAGGCAGCCCGCAGUCGAGCGCCGCCCCACCAAGACUACACCGGCAACCCCCGCGGACUAGACACUCCGAGGCGGCAGCACCGACCGCGGCACUGCGCCGGCAUAUGUCAGUCCGCUGACUGCGCGAACUACCCGGACACCCCGCGCGCUACCACCGCACCAGCACCAUGUUUUGGAUCUUCCGCCGCUCCAAGCUGUCGGGCGGCUUCUUCAGCUCGCUCAACGGCAACAGCGGCAGCAAGACCGGCUCGUCAGGGAGCACCGCCAGCAGCAACGGCGUCAACAACAACAAGAAGGGCUACAACAAGUUGUCGGCCGAGGAGGCGGACUACCACCAGUGCGUCAACAACAACGACACCAACCACGCCAACAACAACAUCAGCAACCACCACCAUCACCAUCACCACCACCACACCGCCCCCAACAACAUCAACAACAAUAACAACGAGGACGGCUGGGGCUGCAGUGGCCACCGUCACGAUGAGUCCGACUCGGACUCGUCCUGCAGCGAUGACUUUGACCUGAAUGAGGAGGAGGACUUCAGCGAUGAUACCGACUUCGACGAGGCCCUGACAUGCAACGUGUGUGACCGGUCGUUCGUUACGCCCCGCCAGCUGGCGCACCACCAGCAGAAGAAGCGCCACUUCGGGUGCAACGCGUGUGACAGCCUGUUCCCCUCCUUGAUGGCCCUGGAGCACCACAAGGAAGAGUUCGAGCACUGGUCCGGCGACGAGCUGAGCGUGGGCCGCGCGUCCUGCGACGAGGACGAGGAAGACAGCCUGGACACGGUGUGCAGCGAGGAGCUGGAGCGGCUGCUGUAGGCGAGACCGUCGCACCACUGACAAGUGCGGCGGCCUUCCGUUGUACAAUGCGAAAGCAACGUCAACAAUUUAUUCGUAUUAGAGCGUUUCUGUGAAGUUUAUUGUACUAUCAAUCUUGUGUAAAUAUGAUUACUGUCUAGUUCGACCCUUGUCGCCAGAUGGCGCGCCCACGAUAAUUAUUACUGAAGCUGGGCCGGUCCGCGGUGGCGCCAAGCCAAACUUGGCGACAGCCAGCGCCUCGCCCGGCUUCCGGCCCAACUACAAUGCUUUCCUCGCCGGCUGGCACUCCCUCCCUCCCCUUCCCUCCACCCUGCACUUCCGUUGCAGUUCCACUGCAGUCCACUGCAGUGGCGCGGCCGGGCCGCGUAAGGCGCCAACAGGCUCGCCAACAGGCUUGCCAACAGGCGAGCAUCGAAGGCGGUUUGGGUGCGGCAGGAUAGAUGGCACGACUGUAAAGACAAAGCGAGACCCGUCGAAGCAGAAAUGCCGGUAACGAGGAACCGCCUUGGAUGCUGUACAUUUCGAGAUGCAAAGUUUAUUGAAUGGUGUUUUUGUUCCCACCGAGACAUAUUUUUGUACCUCUAGCUGUUUCUUUCUAUUUAUUUAAAAGGAAAGCGUGGGUAACCAUGCGUUUCCCCACCGGGCCCAGGAGGGGCUUCGCCUUAGGCUUCGCUCUCCUGGGCCCGCGGCCGCGGUGGUGGGCUCAAGCGCUCGGGCUGGCUUUGGCCAGAAGACCUGUUCUGAACUGCGCAUGUGGGCACGUUUCGAACGGACACACUUGAAUUCAGCACAGAUGGUGUCUAUGAAACUGUCAUGUAGAGGAGACAAGCGUGUAGCGUUUGAUCCGAAACUUUUUGGAGGACUUUCAGUGUUCGAACAUGUCCAGAGGCGUGCCCGCCGACAGGCCCACAGGCCGACAGGCCCACAGGCCCACAGGCAAACUCGCGCCUCCGCCCGGCAGGUAGGCCGCCCAACGCGCGUGGUGGGCCCGCCCAGCCGCUUGCUUCAGAGCAUGGCCUCUUCGCUCUGUCCCUCUCGCACCCCUCCGGGCCACCGCAUGGGUCCGAGAGAGACAGAGCGAGGCGAAGCUUGCUGGGCACGCUCUGUUCGGAAUCCAACUGCAGCCCGCCGCCGCGCCGCAAAUCCUUUUGUGUGAUCUUCUCCUCUUCCCUCUGUACAUAGGCCUACUUCUAGUGUAGGGCCACGACGGCGGGCCUUCCCUCCCUUGCAGAUGUUCGCGGGGCGUGCGUCGUGUGUGUCAUUUAGUCUCGAGGACUUUGAUGCUGUCAGGCAGGCAUGCAGGCAGUCGCGUCAACAGUCGCCGUCACUGUUGGGACCAAGUCCUUAGUUUGGAAGGCGACAUUGUGCUGUGUGCGGUGCGUGCGUGUGCGUGUGAUUGGGUGAGUGAGUGUGAGUGUGAUUGAGUGAGUGUGAGUCUUAUGUGUGCGUGUGAAUCGCAGCUGUGAAUGCUAUUGUGUGGGAUUGUGCACGUGUCACAUCUACAGUCUGUAACUUAUUAACUUAUUACGCGACGGUACACAAAAGUUGUACUCUCGCUCGUUUCCUGUUUGGUGUUUCUAUCCUCUAGUGGAAAUUUAUGAGAAAAAUUCUUGUUUUGUUAGAAAUUUGCUAUAAUAAUAUGGCGAUAUCAGUCACGUGUUGACAAACUAUUAUGUAUCAGCAGACAUACUUUCUGCUGUCGAUGUUGAUAGUAUUCUGUGUAACUGUAGUCAUGUAAGUCAUUCUUAUUUUGGGACCUUCCAGAGACAGGAAACGGACUAUCAUUGUUCGGAACGAUUUGGAUGCAACAUAUCCUUUGUUGUUGGAGAAUGUGAAUGGCACAAUCAACUGUUUUCGUGCUAUAGAUUUAUUUUAUUUACUAGGUUGUCAUAUCAUUUACUAUUUCCUUGAGGAAAAAAGUUUUCUGUGGAUCUUGUUAUUUUAAUAGAUGUGACUUUUCUCUUAAUCCGUUACGACGUGAAUUCAUUGUCAUAUUACUACACUUGUAGAAAACCUGACUAAAGUAGGGUUUAAAAUGAAUAUGCAUUUUAUUUAUUAAAUUCGGCAUGCUGCAAAAGAAAACAUUUGUCUUACUGUACAUAAGCCUCAUUUACUUCGUAACGAAAAGCAGUAUUCGAGCGUGCCAAUGUCAUAUUGAGAUUUUGUAAAUAAUCUUAAAUCCUCUAUACCUGUGUUAGUUCUUACGAGAUACAUACAGUAGCCAUUACAGACAAAAGCGAGCUCCGCUUCAAACCGUCAGUGUGAUUGUCCCUUUAGCACUGCUUCUCCCGAUAGCGCAAAAGUAAUAAUUAUUAUUGCCGGUCUCUUCACGGAAUCUCAAAAUGCUUGUGUACAAUGCUUGUGUACAAUACUUGUAGAAUUAUUGUCUGCUGACUAAAGGCAGCACCCAUGCUUUUGUUGAAUCCAUGUCGCAUUUCGAAAAGACUCCCAACCUUACAGCUGCUCUGUUCGAGUGACCCGCGCGUCAGAUAUUGAUGGAUGGUUCUCGGAAGCGCUGUGUGCGCGCCACCUCACUACUUCUAGGGGAAAGCGGCCCAUAUUGUGUUUGGCGUGACAGCGGUCCUUCCGAUGUAUUUUUCUGUACAGAUGUAACAAUAAAGCUUUUGGUCAAGUAAA